UUUCUUGCGUGCUUGUAUUUGUUUGUCAAACUCGCAGAAAUUAUCUUAAUACAAGAAAAUGUGAAAUUAAAUGUGUAUAUAGAUUAUAUAUAAGCUUGACACUUGUGGACACAAAGAAUGUUUUGUUUAAGACGUAAAUCUAAAGUUGGGACAAACAUAAAUCCUGCUCUUGUCCCAUCAGCGGCUUUCACUGUUGUCCCGAGAACACCAGCUCCGGAGCAUGUACACACCACAGUACUUGGCGGUUCAGCAGAGGUUCUCAGUUCAUCGCUGCUGGGAAGACCAGCCGUACCACCCCCGGCACAUGAUGAUGAGCCAUUCAGUGACCCAGAAAGUAGUCUCUAUGACUACCAGGUUAUGGAGGAUGCAGGGUAUUCCUCAGUGGAGAUGUUGGCAGUUUCAAGACAGAGGCAGAGCAUAGGAGACCGGGAACCAGCCGGAAUACCACCAGGACGGGAACAUGACAUAGACGAACACCAACAAGCCCAUUUAGCCCAGGCCCUGGAUUCACCCACUAUACACCAGAACCCAGAGGCCCUGUAUUCUAUGCCACUGAAGCGGGGUCAGAGAGCGUCCUCAUCAAACACAAUGCAAACUACGCAGGAUGUGCGAGAAGCCAUGCAGCAGGUUCAUGAUCUGUCAUCAGAUGAAGAUGCAGGAGCAUCAAACAGGGUAGGUGAAAGGUCACUGUUGGCCAAAAAUUUGUUUAAUCCAUAUGGUAGGGAUAAUGCCAUUUUUCUUUUCAUAACAUCUGUUGAAUCCGAAGGGAUUGUAACUGUCUCCACACCAACAUAUGUUGAGGAUAUAAAUAAUUACAUAUGACCAUUGAAUAAACAAAUUUUUCUCUCAUACUUAAACACUUCUUGAAAAUGACAGUAACAACAGUUUUAUGCUAGAAUGAAUUUAACGUUUUUUAUGCACCCAUCUCUGAAAGAGCAGGGCAUAUUAUGUGAACACCCGUGGCGGGCAGGCGUUUGGCGUCCAAAAGCAUGUCAGCUCUAUAUAUAUAUCUAUAUAUAGUCAAACAGUUUUCAUCCAGUCUUCACCAGACUUGCUGACAGUGUUUGUGGGCAUAAUAUCUCGGCCAAGUUUGAUAACCACCCAAAUCACCCCAGGCACUGUUGGAUUAUGGCCCUUGAAUUACUCGAAAAACUGCAAAUUAAGCCUUGUCUGCUC